AUGUCUUCUCGCGAGCCCAAAAGUGGACGUCAUCGCAGUCCAGAUGAUGACCGCAAACGAAGACGUGAGAAGAAGGAGAAGGAGAAGGACCGAGAGAAGGACCGUGGGGACCGCGGCCGUCGAGACAAGGACCGGGGCGAUCGUGAUCGCGGCGAUCGGGAUCGAGGCGAUCGGGAUCGAGGCGAUCGGGACCGAGGCGAUCGCGACCGAGGUGACCGGGAGGAGCGACGACUGAGGAGGUCGGACAGAAGUCGAAGUCGAAGUCCACCAGCUCCAUCACCUCCGAAGGUCGUGAAAUCCACGAACUGGAAGGAGGAACAAAAUGAGGGUGAAGAUCUUCGAGACCACUCAGAUGAUGAGGAGACAGCAGCCCGGAAGCUGGAAGAAAGCCGAAAGCGCCGAGCGGCCAUGAUCACACAGGCGAAGGAAGAGAAGGAAAAGAAAGAACAAGAGGAGAAAGACAAGGACAUUUCCGGUGAAAACGAAAAGGCCAAAGAGGAGCCUUCCGCCAAUGAUGUCAGUGAAAUGAAGAUUGAAAAAGACGAGAAAGGAGAAAACGGAGAGGAAGAUGAGACUCAAGAGAAAGAACCAGAGGUGAAAGAUGGUGGUGGCGACAUGUUUGACCUGAACUUGGACGCCAAGGAGCUCAAGGCAGGCCAAAAACGGACACAAAACAUUGCUACCACUGGUGCAUCAACCGAAGAUUGGGAUGAUGAAGAGGGCUACUACAUUGCACAAGUGGGUGAGCUGUUGGAGAGUCGCUACCUGGUUCAAGAUACGGUCAGUGGGAGAGGUGUGUUCUCCAAUGUGGUGAAAGCCAAAGACACCAAGACCGAGGGCGAACCUUUAGUGGCUUUGAAGAUCAUUCGCUCCAAUGACAUGAUGAAGAAGGCAGCCGAGAAGGAGAUGGAGAUCCUCCAGAUGCUGAACAAUGCGGACAAGGCCAACAAGAGGCACAUCGUCCGUCUCAUCGAAACCUUCUAUUAUCGGAAGCACAUCUUCAUGGUCUUUGAGUGCAUGGCAGAAGACCUUCGUGGAGCUCUCAAGAAGUACACCAAGAACAGGGGUAUGUCAAUCAUGGCGGUGAAAGGAUACACAAAGCAGCUGUUGAUCGGGGUUCGACACAUGCACAAGUUCAACAUCAUCCAUGCUGACUUGAAGCCUGACAAUAUUCUCAUCAGUCAAGACAACAGCAUCGUGAAGCUGUGUGAUUUUGGCACGGCCGUUGAGCAGAAAGACAUCGGUGUCUCCCCCUAUUUGAUGAGCCGCUUCUAUCGACCUGCCGAGGUCAUUCUGGGCUGUGAGUAUGGUGUGCCCGUGGAUGUUUGGGCUCUGGCUUGCACCCUCUACGAGAUCUUCACCGGCAAGACCUUGCUCCAGGGGAAGACCAACAAUGACAUGCUCAAGCGGAUCAUGGACCUGAAGGGCAAAAUCCCCAAGAAUGUCAUCAAGAAGGGUGCAGUGUGGAAGAAUCACUUUGAUGAGAACCUAGAUUUCAAGUUCAUUGACAAGGAUUCCAUGACGGGUGAAGAGAUCACUCGAAUCAUUACCGACAACAACUGCAAGAGAGAGCUCAAAGAGUUUCUGCUGGACCGUGUGGGUCCAGAAAAGCAGAAAUCUCAAGAGCGAGAAGAUCAACAGUAUGUGAAGAAGACGGUUCACUUUGCAGACUUGUUGGACAAGAUGCUGGCGCUAGACCCUGAGAAGCGCUUGACGGCAGAGGAUGCCCUCAAACAUCAUUUCGUGGAGGAUCCGAAGGCCCAGAAGGCCGCAGCGGGCGCCGCAGCGGGCAAGCGCAGAAAGUUCACGUGGCGUCCUCAGCUUGGGAAUGCUGAAGUCACGUCUAAGCCGCCCGUAUCACCCAAGACCACCCACCCAGACUACUACGACGUCAGCGACACCGAGGCUGGCAGCGAUGACUUCGCAGUGAGGCGAGCCAAGUUCCUCAAAGCAAUGCGCGAUCGCUUUGUCGAUGGACUCGAAAGGAACUUCGACUAUGCCGCGCUGGACGAGGACUCCGAGCUGGAUGACGUGGUGGAGAUGGGACGCGACGCGGAGGAGAAGUACUUUGAUGCAGAAUGA